GCCUUUGUAUCGAGCUGCAGCUCAUGCAGUGCAGAAGCUGCUGUUGGUUGGAGGGACAGUCCUAAUGUCUGCAACCUCGAUUGCGAUUGAUCCUCUUAUGUGUCUUUCCAAUUCUUGGCGAGUACUACUUAAUGAGUUGAAGAUCCAAAUAAAGGGUGUUUUGGUAUCGAGAUCUAGUAGAGAUUAUAGCCAAGCUUUUGCCCAUCGACAAUGCAGGAUGUACAGCGGCGGUGUCCGGUAGUGACACAGUCGUUCUUCCGGCACAAACCUCAUCCCUGUCACCCAGUGUCUUGUAAUGGAUCAUCAAGGAACCUGAGAGAUAGCCACCUAAUAAUUCGAAGCACCCGUGAUCGCAACCGAACAAAGCUUCUACCUUUCUAAUACCUCACGAAAUGCCUCAAGGACCUUCACGUGCCUUUGUUCCAUGUUCCAUGGACCUGUGAAGGCACAGAGUCUUCUUCUCCUUUUGCACCAACCAAGAAGAAGAAGAAGCAGUAUCACUCAGCUUCUCUCUGAUGCCACCUACCCUUGGCCAUGAAUCCCACAAUCUUCGUUGCCGUCUUCGCACUCCUCCUCACCAGGUCUCUGUGCCUCGAGGCUGACCCAAAGCCCAUCUCCAAUGUCACCGUGAUGGGCACCGUCUUCUGCGACGCCUGCGCCAACAACAACUUCUCCCAGCACAGCUACUUCUUAGAAGGUGUCAAGGUGAGGGUGCAAUGCGUUCUCCGAGUGAACGAGACGUCGGCGGGCGAGAUGAGGGUCGCCGUCGACAGGACGACGGACAGGUUCGGAGUCUACAAGCUCGACAUCCCGCCGGUGGACGGGUUCGAGUGCAGGGAGGGCCAAGGGGUGGACUCCUUCUGCCGAGCGAGCCUGGCGGAGUCUCCGUCGUCGCUGUGUGACGUCCCUGGGUUGAGCAGCUCCACCGAGCAUGUGGCGGUGCGAGGCGGCGAAGGGAAGCUGUGCCUCUACAACCUGAAUGCGCUCAACUACAGGCCGUCGAAGAAGGACGCCGACUUGUGUGGAGAUGACGGCGAGUUGUCACCGAGCUCUGCGAACUCUUCGCUCUUCUUCUGGCCACCGUUUGGGUUCCCGUGGCCAUUUGCACCACCACCGUCCUUCCCAUGGCCAUUUGCGCCUCCUCCACCGUCGUUACCAUGGCCAUUUGUGUCUCCUCCGCCGUCCUUCCCAUGGCCAUUUGCGCCUCCUCCACCGUCCUUUCCCUUCCCCUUCCCCCCAGCAGUACCGAACCCACCGGCGCCGCUGCUCCCGCCCUUGUUCCCUUCGCCGCCGCUGCUCCCGCCCUUGUUCCCUUCGCCGCCGCCUCCGUCUUUCCCGCCCUUUCCCCCGUUCGCUCCAUUUCCACCGGUGUUCACGCCACCCUCACCGCCUCCUCCCCCAGCUUACCUAUUCCCACCCUUUCCUCCCUUUACUCCUAUUCCGCCCUUGUUUUCGCCACCGCCUUCUCCUCCUUCACCUCCUCCAUCAUUCCCCUGCCCGUUCCCACCCUUCCCUCCCUUUACCCCAACUCCACCUGUAGUUACACCACGUCCACCGCCGCCUCCAUCAUUCCCCUUCCCACCCUUCCCUCCAUUUACCCCCACUCCACCUGUAGUUACCCCACCUCUACCGCCGCCUCCAUCAUUCCCCUUCCCACCCUUCCCUCCCUUUGCCCCCACUCCACCUGUAGUUACCCCACCUGCACCGCCGCCUCCAUCAUUCCCCUUCCCACCCUUCCCUCCCUUUACUCCCACUCCACCUGUAGUUACCCCACCUCCACCGCCGCCUCCAUCAUUCCCUUUCCCGUUCCCACCCUUCCCUCCGUCUCCUACCAAUCCACCUGUAGUUACACCGCCGCCUCCAUCGACCCCUUUCCCGUUCCCGCCUUUCCCUCCCUUUACUCCAACUCCACCUAUGGUUAUGCCACCGCCACCACCUCCCCCUCCAUCUUUUCCUUUCCCAUUUCCUCCAUUCCCACCCACUACUCCAUCUCCUGGGGAACCAUCGCCACCUCCAUCUCGCUGAGAAACCCAAUACUCGGUCUUCUCUCCACCCUCCAUCCUCCUCCUCCAGGCAACCAUGCAUUUGUUCUAAUGCCUUAAUAACAGCUAUAUGUAAGAAUUGGUUGCAUUGAAUGUAGUGUUGAUAGAGUAAACGUUGGUGUUUUUGUGCUACUGAAAGCACUUCAAAGAAAUUUGCAUCACACCUUUUUUUUU